GUGCCAUGUCCAAUGGCCACUCGGGAUCCAGAUCCUAGAGGCUAGAGCGGGCCAUUCAGAAGCGUGGGGCCGGGCCUGGCGGACGCUUGUUGUUGUCCGGCCGGGAAGGCGGAGGUCGGUCGCUCGCUCGGUUGCUGACUCGCUAGGGCGCUCUGUGGCGGUCAGCGGCAGGUCGGUCGCGAGGGCGGGCACUGUGCAGGGGGGCGAGGCUAUGUUGUGGCGGCAGCCCGGACGGGCCGGCAGGGCCGGGAGUAACGGGACGUCGCCGCGGAGCUUCUUCCCCCGGAUGCAGUGCGGCCCGAGAGGAGGCCGCGGCGCCGCCCUCCGGUCCUGAGGAGCCCGCGCUACGCGGAGUCUGCCCCGCCUGCGCACCAGUAUCUACUCAGAGCGAUCCGGCCCGGUCCAGCCCGGCGUGGCCCGGUCAGCCCAGCCCAGGCAGGCAGCACUAGCCCCUCUGGAGCACAGAACCCUUCCCCAAGGACAUGAAGCUGUUGGAGAACUCGAGCUUUGAGGCUAUCAAUUCGCAGCUGACUGUGGAGACUGGAGAUGCCCACAUCAUUGGCAGGAUUGAGAGCUACUCAUGUAAGAUGGCAGGAGACGACAAACAUAUGUUCAAGCAGUUCUGCCAGGAGGGCCAGCCCCACGUGCUGGAGGCACUUUCCCCACCCCAGACCUCCGGCCUUAGCCCCAACAGACUGAGCAAGAGCCAAGGUGGUGAGGACGAGGGCCCCCUUAGUGACAAGUGCAGCCGCAAGACCCUCUUCUACCUGAUUGCCACACUCAACGAGUCCUUCAGGCCUGACUAUGACUUCAGCACAGCUCGCAGCCAUGAGUUCAGCCGGGAGCCCAGCCUCAGUUGGGUGGUGAAUGCAGUCAAUUGCAGUCUGUUCUCUGCUGUGCGAGAGGACUUCAAGGCCCUGAAGCCACAGCUAUGGAAUGCAGUGGAUGAGGAGAUCUGCUUGGCAGAAUGUGAUAUCUAUAGCUAUAACCCAGACCUAGACUCAGACCCCUUUGGGGAGGAUGGAAGCCUUUGGUCCUUCAACUACUUUUUCUACAACAAGCGCCUCAAACGAAUUGUCUUCUUCAGCUGUCGUUCCAUCAGUGGCUCCACCUACACACCCUCAGAGGCAGGCAAUGAGCUGGACAUGGAAUUGGGGGAGGAAGUGGAGGAAGAAGGCGGAGGCAGUGAGGGCGGGGCCGAGGACACCAGCACCAAGGAGGACAGGGUCCCAGUGAUGUGUAUGUGAUGAGAAGAGACCCCAGCUUCAUCCAGCUUCAACCAAUGCCUGGACCUGCUCACCUGAGAGGCCCCAGGUCCUCCCCAGCUGCUGGCCAGACCCUGGCGCUGCCACAGUCUCAGCGCUGUCCAAGGCCACACCGGCCUGGCUGUUUGGCUCCAGCCUAUGGAUGUCCACUCACCCCCACAGGCUGCUGCCCAUGCUGUGGCUGGACUAGAUAGACAGCACGGGGCCUGGUGGGAAGAGUGACUGCCUGCCUGCCCAAAUGAACUGCCACAGGCAGGGACAGCUGGACCACAGAGUUUAUUUUUGUAUUUUGUACUGGGCCUGCACACUCCAGCCCAAAGGGCAAAUGGCCUGAGGCCCGCAAUCAGGCCCCAGCGGUCAUCGGCUCUGGUCUUGGGCUGGCUCCUGGCGCCCACCUGUAUCCCCCUCACCUCGCCCAUUUGACCGCGUGCACUGAGUGUCAGUUUGCUGCAGCUCAUUCGUUUCCAAUAAAAGUUUCUGUGAUUUAG